AUGGAAACUUACAGCAAUAUGCUGCUGACCGAAGGUGUUUCACCGCUUUCGAACUCAACCGAAUCUCCGCCACCGUAUAGUGCUGCUGGGCCUGCUGCUGAGUGCGGGGGUGAAAAUUACGGUUUUCAAGCUGGAGGAAACGCUUCUACAAGCAACUACCAGGUGCAAAACAACUUUGUGUAUCAGGAUCUACAAAUCAACCAACAUCUAUCGAAAUGUACAAACGACCAACAGCCCAAUUUUUCAUUUCCGACCCAGAAUGUUCAAGUUGCCAUCCAGGGAAAACCGCUCUAUAGCAUCCAAAUUCCCUACGAAUACGCUGACAGCCAAGAUAAAAGAUCGACAGAUACAGAAAAGAGUCCUCCACCAGGUACAAUCAGUCCAAAGCCGAGCUCAAGCGAUACUCCAAAUACCAAACGAGUCAGAACAGCUUAUACUUCAUCCCAACUUGUUCAACUGGAGAAAGAGUUCUACACUAACAAGUACCUGUGCCGACCAAGACGUAUCCGAAUUGCUGAAGACUUGAAUUUGACGGAACGUCAGAUCAAAAUCUGGUUCCAAAACAGAAGGAUGAAAUGUAAAAAGGAACGAAAACAAAGAACGCCCACGCCUGGAUUAGACAACGGGACCUCUCCUACUCUGUCAGUUGCUUCAUCAAGUCCUUGUUCAAAUAGCAAGCCAACGGUCCAAACGGUGAGGCCUGAGCAACGUUUGAUAUAA